AUGGGUGUCCUUCCUAUGGCUGUUUUCGGACUCGAGGUCCCUGCCGGCGGCAUGCCCGUCGCUGCCAGCGGUGAAAUCCCCGCUGCUGUAAGUUUUCACGAGCUACCAUCACCUAUCAAGGCAGCAAUGCUUAUGCGCAUCUUANNGUUCCGCCUGACCAUGGCUGCCAUCGACCCCAGCGCUGAGCCCGAGUUCGACGAGGACACCAAGGGCAAGAAGCCCCGUGCCACCCUCAAGAUCAUCCGCGCUCCUCUCCAGAUGGAGGACGACGAGGACGACUCUGACUUCGACCCCGAGGAGAUGGACAUGAUGCUCGCCUCUGACGAUGAAGAGGACGAGUCCGACGACGAUGCCGGUCCCAGCGACCCCGCCAAGUCCAAGAAGGCCCGCAAGGCUGCCGCCGCUAAGCAGCUCCUGGAGGAGCUCGAGAGCAUGGAUGUUGACUCGCCCAAGGUCAAGGGCAAGGGCAAGGUCCAGGCUGACGAUGAGGAGGAGUCCGAUGAGGACGACGAGGAUGACGAGGAGUUCGAGCCCGAGGAGUUCGUUCUCUGCACUCUCGACCCCGAGAACGUAAGCCGCCAUUGCUGUCACCCCCUGAUCGCGAGCAUUACUGACAAGAUUCAAACANNGCACUACCAGCAGACUCUUGACAUUACUGUCGGUGAUGACGAGCGCGUCUGGUUCAUGGUCACCGGUACCCACGACGUCUACCUUACUGGUAACUACGUCGAGCCCGACCACACCCAUGGCGACGAGGAGGAAUACGACUCUGAGGAUGAGGAUGAGGACGAGUACGACCUCUCCCCUGAUGAGGAUGAGCUUUACGGCGACGAGGACGACUCCGAGGACGAGCUCGACGACCUUGAGAACCCCCGUAUCACCGAGGUCGACGAUGAGGCUCCCGCUCUCGUCCCUGCUAAGGCCGAGAAGAAGGCCGACAAGAAGGGCAAGAAGCGUGCCGCCGAGGACGAGGCCGAGACUCUCGACGACCUGAUCUCCAAGGCUAAGCCCGCAGAGAAGAAGAACGCAAAGAAGGUCAAGACCAACGAGGGCAAGGCCGUUCCUGCCGACGAGGCCGCUAAGAAGCUCGAGACUCCCGCUGCCGCCAAGUCAGACAAGAAGGUACAAUUCUCCAAGAACCUCGAGCUGGGUCCCACCGGCUCGAGCUCCCCUGCUGUCGCAAAGGGUGCUGAGAAGUCCAAGGCUGCCCCCGCUGUCAAGACCGUCAACGGCGUUACCAUCGACGACAAGAAGAUCGGCUCCGGCCCCGCCGCAAAGAAGGGUGACCGCAUCGGCAUGCGCUACAUCGGCAAGCUCCAGAACGGUAAGGUCUUCGACUCCAACAAGAAGGGCAAGCCUUUCAGCUUCAAGCUCGGUACCGGUGAGGUCAUCAAGGGCUGGGACAUCGGUAUUGCCGGCAUGCAGGUUGGUGGUGAGAGACGUGUUACCGUCCCUGCCCACCACGCCUACGGUUCGCAGUCCCUCCCCGGUAUCCCCAAGAACUCCACCUUGAUCUUCGACGUCAAGUGUGUCGAGAUCAAGUAA